CCCAACGGAAAAUCACCUAUUCAUGAUCGCUUUGCCGAUCAGUAUAAAAAGAUCGAGCAACGAAUAUUCUAAAUCAGUACAGCUUAGUGUUCGCUCACAUAAUCUGAACUUCAGUUCUUACCAGUGUCAAUUUAUUAACUCAUAUUCACCAUGUUCAGGCUAAUUGUUUUGUUCGCCGCUUUGGCCACAAUCAAUGCACAAUUCAUCACUCCAGCUAUCACUAGCCAAAACCAAAACAUCUACCGCUCAUUCGGUAACUUGGGACAAGUUUCAGCUCACUCAAAAACCAUUGACACACCAUUCUCAUCAGUAUCGAAAUCCGAUGUGCGCGUUAGCAACCCAGGAAUCUAUUCAGGAUAUCAUGGUGUAGGUGUAGCACCAUCUGUAUACGGUGGAUAUGGUGUAGCCCCUGCUCUUGCUCCAGCCUACGCUCGUCCAGCAGUUGUUGCCCGUCCAGGUGUUGUUGCUGCUCCAGGAGUUGGUCUCUUGGGUGUUGCAUACUCAGCCGCCCCCGUCGUAUCACACAUGACCUACACCAAUGGCUUGGGUCUUAGCUACGCCUGGUAAAUUUGCCAUCCGAAAUUUAUGAAUGAGCGCACGAGAAACUCACUAGAUUCAAGAUAAAUUAAAAGCAAACACAAAAAUAUCCAAACACAAUUCCAACAACAACAACAAUCCAUCCAAAUUGUGUCAUUUUUAUAUUCAAACCGAAAUGAAAUUACCAAAAUUUGAAAACAAUCAAUUAGAAAACGAAAAAUAAAAAAAAAUAAUGCGAAACAAAAUGAAAAUGUCACAAUAAAUGAAAGAGUAUGCAGAGGCAAGGAGGAGAAGAUACAGAUUAAAACAUAUUGACCGCUUGUAGUAUGUGAUCCAUUUGAAUCCGGUGGACGAUUCAUAUUCACAACACAAUUGAAUACCUCAUAUCAAGAUGAAUUUUAUCGAUCGAUUUUCCAAUUAUAUUCCAUUUUGCCGGUUAACGACAAUUUAAAGUCAUUCAAUCGUCAUUCCAAUGGUUAAGUCAACUCUCUCGCUACGACUAUAUAAACAAAAUGAGUUAUUAGGAGAAAUACAACAAAUGAAAGCUCAUGGUUUUACAGUCUUUAUUCGAUGUGCCGAUUUUCCGUUAUUUUGUGAAUAAACCGAUGUGAAAAAUUUCA